AUGUGCAAGCGCAAACGUGACGACACGGCCACCGAGGCCGAAGCCUUUGUCGCCAACGCCGCACCUGCCGUGGCCUCAGAAGCAAGUGCGCUGACCAGGGGGCUGACGCUCAAGGGCGCGCUGUACAAUCACUGCAUCCUCAACGGUCAGAAGCGGGUGGAGAACCGGCCCUUUCGUAUCAAGCCAGGUUGGUACGCGCUACACACUGGCGUCGGAAAGUUGGCGGCCGAGGACGCGAAGCGGAUUCACGCGCGGAUGGGCGGCGCCUGCCUCCCUGAUGAGUGCUCGCUUCCGCACGGCGUCAUCGUUGGCGCUGUCCACUUCUGUGGCGGCCUCAAGCACUCCGACUGCGCCGAGGAUCAUUGGGCCACCGGCCCGAUAUGCAAUGUGAUUGACGCCUAUUGCGCGCUGAGGCGGCCUGUUCCCCACCGGGGAGCGCUCAGUCUGUGGAAGAUCAAGCCUGACGCCCUCGCCGAAGUGCAGGCGCAGCUGGCGAGCGCACCCGUCCACCGCAAUGCCGACGUGUCCUCCUUUUUCUUGCGUGGCCGCCCGUCGAUAGCCUGA